AGUUUUGUCAUAUUUUGAGGCUGUUCUUUAAGUAUGUGCUUGAUGGAACUGAGUGAUUUGAGGGAAAAUAACUACUGUGGGCUUGCAUCUCUUGACUGGUGAGCCAAGAGAUCAUCUGUUUCCUAUUUCAAAACCAUUCACCGAACAGGAGCGCAGACAAACUUUUGACAUUUGACCUCAUCCCACGAAAUCCUCCUCGCUGCCGCCGUCACUGGAGGACUCAGGAAUGGACCGUGUGCUGUUGCUGGUAGCGAUGGUGUACUGGUCACUAUCAGGGGUCAGUCCUCAGUGUGACAUGAUCAACAUCUCUAUCCCCUUGGAGAGAGAGGAGUGUGGAAAAUGCAUCAUGAUUGAUGUAGCCUCUUGCGCAGGCUUUUGCCUCACUCAGGAUCCUGUGUACAAGAGCUCCCUAAUCGCACACGCCCAGAACUCCUGCAGCAUCUCAGAGGUUACCUACAAGACGGUGCACUUGCCCGACUGCCCAGAGGGAGUGGACCCCACUGUCUCCUACCCAGUUCCCCUCAGCUGCAAGUGCGACCAGUGCAGCGUGGAAAGCACAGACUGCAGUAGCUUCCACAUGCUGAGCUGCCAAACCCACUAGGCAGUGCUUCAGAAGAAGUACAGUGAGAAAGGGACCUUGAUGCAGCAAGAAAAAAAACGACUUUUGUUCCCUUUAACGUGAAUCUGUGAACCUUAGAAAAUUAAACAGAUUUUAUUACUGCACUCGUCUUGACUACCCUUUCAUAACAUAUACAUCACACUA